CUGCUUGUUGCUAGGUAAUGCAAUUAGCAUGUUGCUAGAAGGUGUUCGAAAACCCAGAGCUUCAGUUCUGUCUGACUAUUGACUCGGUUGUGUUGUUUACAAUGUAUGAGACCAACUACGACGAUGUUACCGAAUUUCUGGGAGACUGGGGACCUUUUCAAAAACGAAUCUCGUUACUCCUCUGUAUGAGUAUACUUCCAAACGGGUUGUUCGUGUUUUCCAUCGUAUUCCUCGCUGCCACGCCACCGCAUCACUGCGCGAUACCACCAAAUGCCAAUAUUAGCGCUGAAUGGAUCAACUAUUCUAUUCCACUGGAAGAAGAUAAUGGGGAGAUGCGGUACAGCAAAUGCACCAGAUACAAACUGGACGUAAUAAAACUUCUUUCAGACAACGGAUCCGUGCCUGGAAUCGACGUCAAUAUUACUGAAAUUGAACAAGAAAGUUGUACGGAUGGGUGGGAAUACGACAGAGAACGUUAUGUUUCAACUAUCGUAUCCGAGUGGGAUCUGGUGUGUAGUGAUGCAUGGAAGGUCCCCAUGACCACCUCCAUAUUUUUAAUUGGAUGGUUAAUUGGAUCCUUAAUUUCUGGUCAACUGUCUGACAGGUUUGGGAGGAAAAUCAUUCUGUUUGGAACAAUGGGAGUUCAGACUUUGUUCACAUUCUUCCUGAGUUUCUCCACAUCCUGGCUUAUGUUCUCUGCACUGCUCUUUGUUGUUGGGUUCACAAUAAUUUCUAAGUAUGUGGCAGCAUUUGUCUUAGGAGCAGAAAUUUUGAGUCCAAGAAUUCGGAUGAUAUACUCCACUGUGGGUAUCACCAUUUUCUUUGCCGUUGGCUACAUGUUACUUCCCCUGAUGGCCUUCUUCAUCAGAGACUGGAGAAUGCUGCUGAUUGCCAUGGCUGUUCCAGGAGUUUUCAAUUUCCCCAUUUGGAGGUUCAUCCCGGAGUCCCCCCGAUGGCUUCUCUCUCAGGGCCGGGUGGAGGACGCAGAGGCCAUUUUGAGAGGUGCUGCCAAGAUGAACAGAGUCACAACCCUGGAGGUCAUCUUUCAGCCUCUCCAGGAAGAAAACCAUAUGAAAAACUUGAAACGCACAAACAUCUGUGAUCUUGUGAAGUCCAACAGCAUCCGCUGGAUCACGAUCAUGCUGGGUUUCGUGUGGAUGAUAAUCUGCAUUGGGUAUUUUGCCUUAUCAUUGAACACCUCAAAUCUGUCUGGGGACCGUUUCUUGAACUUCUUCUUCUCUGGGGCUGUUGAAGUCCCAGCCUACAUUUUGUCCUGGCCCCUAUUUCACUUUUGCCCAAGGCGUUUGUGUCUCUUUGCCAUGCUGAGCUUUGGUGGAGCGGUACUUCUGGUUACUCAGCUCAUACCAAGAGAUUUCAGUUCAGUAUCUAUUGCACUGGAGAUGAUGGGGAAAUUUGGAUUCUCAGUGGCCUUCUGCAUCGUGUAUCCCUUCACGGCAGAGCUGUACCCCACAGUCCUGAGGAACACCGCAAUAGGUGCCUGCUGCAUGGCUUGUCGACUGGGCGGUAUUGCUGCACCCUACUUUGUCUAUUUGGGAACCUAUUACAAGUCCUUGCCAUACAUAUUAAUGGGGAGCCUCUGUGUUUUUGGGGGGUUGCUUAGCCUCCUGCUUCCUGAGACCUAUGGUAUGCCUCUCCCAGAGACCAUCGAUCACAUGCAGACUAUUCAAAGGUGUAAAAAGAAACAAACAUCAAACAUCAUUUAACGAGUGAUUCUUCAUUGAUGUAGAAUGUCAAUAACUGCAUCACAUCAAAAUAUUGGAUUACAUAAAGAUUGUCACAAGUUGUAUGUGCACCAUAGAAAAUAAAAAAAACCUUACAUUGUCCUGGUAUGCAUAAGCAUUUAGCUGUUGUCAGUGUUGAGUACAAUACCAGGACUCUUAUGUUAUCAUUCUUCAUGUCAGAUUGAAUAUGUAAAAGGGAUGUGUACUCCCAAACUGUUACUGAAACGAUGUGUAUAAUCAAACAAACAAUCAUGCAGGGCUCCUAUUUGUAAUCAGCUGGCAGUAACAAGUAUGUGGCAGUAAACAGUAAAGAAAUGUGUAACUACAGUGGAUCAUGGUACUGAAAAGGUCUCAAUAAAAGCAGUGAAUUACGUUUCCCAUGA